GAAAAAAGCAUAUAUCCGGAAUUAUAGGAAGGGUGAAGCGAAAGAGAGGGAAACAACGGCGGCGCGGCAAAACUGAAAAUGUUAAAUUUCAUCUUUGAAUCUUAGUAUAAGUAUUGUUAUCGGCUUUAGAGAAAAUGCCUCGCUAACACCAAUAUUCACCAUCCAUUUUUCCUACUUUUCAUACUCAAAUCACUCUUCUUCAUCCAGAAAAAUAAUUAUAAUCAUACAACCUCACUUUGAAGCCCUAGUUCCCAGAUUCUUCAUUCAAACUCGAUUUCCAUCUCUGCAAAUUAAGGUAAUCCUUGACAGCUUCUUACCCUUUUUGUGAAAUAUUUCAAGGUUCCGUGGAAUUGCUACGUUUUCCGUUUCAAGUUGAUGGAUUUGCAGCUUGAUUGUUUAUUGUUGAGAAGCAGUAUUGGAAUUUUCAGUUUGGAGUAUAGCGCCAUGGCAUUUUCUUUGUGACAAUUGGGAGAAUGAAGUUCUACUGAUCUUGUAUCAUUGAAUGUGUUUAUCACUUGAGCACACAGGUCAUUAAGAUGAAAAUGAAGAGAAGAAACUAGUGGAAGAAGGGAUAGUAGGAUUAACGUGUAGGAUAACUCUCCUGUGAAGACAUUUUUGGUAAUGCCAAUCAGGAAGAGAUAAGACCUCCGCUAGAAGAUCAAACUGAGAUGUCAACUCUUGGAAACACGGCAGUAUCACCUGAAAAGGUGGCAAGAACAGCUGCUGGGGGCCAUUCCUCAGCAUCAGCAGGUAGUAUGUCUGAAAAUCCUGGUGCUGAACAAUCGAGAGAAGCAUGUGACAACGCAGUUCAAAAUCUUAACCAAUCAGAAUGUCGAGAGAAAACACCUGGUCAGCCUAGAAAAAGAAAAUCUAUUUCAGGAACCCCUAUCAGCAGUACUAGACUUCUACGUUCGAAGUCCAAGGAGAAGUCUGGAGCUUCUGAGGCAAAUAAUACUGUAGUAACUCAUGAUGCUGCUGAGGAAAAGAGAAGAAAAAGGAGAAAGAAAAAACACAGUAAGGAUAUAGCUGUGAAUGAAUUCACAAGAAUAAGGGGCCAUCUGAGGUACUUGUUACAUAGAAUAACAUAUGAGCAGACCUUGAUUGAAGCUUACUCUGGUGAAGGCUGGAAAGGACAAAGCUUAGAAAAGAUUAAGCUGGAGAAGGAGCUACAACGAGCCAAGACUCAUAUUUUUCGUUACAAAUUGAAAAUUAGAGAUUUGUUUCAACGCCUUGAUACAUUACUUGCUCAAGGGAGGCUUCCAGCAUCUUUAUUUGACAAUGAAGGGGAGAUUGACAGCGAAGAUAUAUUCUGUGCGAAGUGUGGCUCUAUGGAUCUGCCAGCUGAUAAUGAUAUUAUCCUCUGUGAUGGCACUUGUGAGCGUGGAUUUCACCAGUUGUGUGUGGAGCCACCUCUUCUUAAAGAAGACAUUCCACCUGAUGAUGAAGGCUGGCUUUGUCCUGGUUGUGAUUGCAAAGUUGACUGCAUUGACUUGCUUAAUGAUCUUCAAGGAACAAACCUUUCCGUCACCGAUAGCUGGGAGAAAGUAUAUCCCAAGGAAGCUGCUGCUGCUGCGUCUGGGGAAAAGCUAGAUGAUAUUUCUGGACUUCCAUCAGAUGACUCGGAGGAUGAUGACUACAACCCUGAAAAUCCAGAUGUAGAAAAAAAUGAUUCCGAAGAUGAGUCCAGUUCUGAUGAAUCUGAUUUUUACUCUGCAUCUGAAGACUUGGCAGAAGCCCCUCCUAAAGAUGAUGAGAUCUUGGCGCUUUCUUCUGAAGACUCAGAAGAUGAUGACUUUAAUCCUGAUGAUCCAGAUAAGGAUGAGUCUGUUAAAACAGAAAGUUCAAGUUCCGAUUUUACGUCCGACUCUGAGGAUUUUAGUUUGAUAGUUGAUACUGAUAUGUUGCGAGGUGAUGAGCAAGGGGUUUCCAGUUCAGUAGAUAACAGUAUGCCUAAUUCGGCUUCCCAAGAGGAAAAAGCUAAAGUUGGCAAAGGUAAAAGGAAUUUGCUGAAGGAUGAGUUGUCAUAUCUCAUGCAGUCUGUGAGCCCUCUUGUCUCUGCCAAAAGGCACAUAGAGAGGCUGGACUACAAAAAGUUGAACGAUGAAACAUAUGGAAAUGAAUCUUCUGACUCUAGUGAUGAAGAGUAUGAGGGUGGUCCUUCACCCAAGGUGAGAAAGUUCAGAAAUGCCAAAGGUGCUAUGGCUUCUCCUAGUUCGACUACAGCAGAUAUCCAGUACCAAAGUGGGAAACAGAAAGGGAGUGGACAUACUUCUGAUAGUGGACUCUCUGAGAAACUCAAAGUUGGAGGUAUGAGCACCCCUGGAUCUCGUUCAAGUGGUAAAAGAAAGGCAUAUGGAGAAGUCGCCACCAAGAGGCUCUACGAAUCCUUCAAGGAAAAUAAUUAUCCUAACCGUGGCGCAAAGGAGAAGUUGGGCAAAGAAUUAGGAAUGACAGCUUACCAGGUCAGUAAGUGGUUUGAAAAUGCUCGUCAUUGCCAGCGUCAUUCUUCUCGCUGGGACACAAUUAUGAGUCAGAAAGUGUCGAGAGAAUCUCCAUCCUCAUCGAAGAUGAUUGGAGAACCACUUGGAACUGAAUCUAAAAGCAACAUGAAUGAUGCUUUCUGCAAUGGGGUUGAGAAAUUGGAACCGCCAAACUUAUGUUCUAAUGGAGAAAAAUGCCAUACAGUAAAUAAGAGCGAAGGAGAUGUGUUGAUACAAGAUGCCAGUGGAAAAGAAUCUGGUAAACCAACAGCGAAAGUUGAUACGACAAAUCAAGGAUCGGAUGUCACUCCUUUCAACAGGACUUCUAAGAAGCAGAAGGCAAAGGUUCGUUGCACAAAUUCUCAGAAUGAUAAUAUGACAGAUCAAGGAUCAGAUGACGCUCCCCAGAACAAGACUUCUAAGAAGCAGAAGGCAAAGGUUGGUACCGCAAAUUCUCAGAAUGACAAUACGACAGAUCAAGGAUCAGAUGACACCCCCCAGAACAAAACUUCUAAGAAGCAGAAGGCAAAGGUUGGUACCGCGAACUCUCAGAAUGUUGAUACAACAGAUCAAGGAGCGGAUGCCACUCCCCAUAACAAGACUCCUAAGAAGCCGAAUGAUAAGGUUGAUACCCCAAAUUCUCAGAACGUCCGUAGAAGUAGCAGGUUGCAGAAACAAGGCUGAGUCCUGGAAGUGACCAAUUCUGGAUUGUUCGAAUACUUCGAGUGGAAUAUGAUCUAGCUAGAAAUUUUCUGAUAUCUGUAUAGCUGAUCAUGCGGGAGUUUGUGGUACCAAGUGUGGAGCCCUCCCAUCAAACAGAGUAGACAGAUGGAUAUUUGGAUGUAGCAGAAUUUUAUUCUUAGCAGUGAUGAAAGGUGGAUAUUUGAAUGUAGCAGGGAUUACUGGAGCUAUGAUAUUUAAAUUUCUGCACAUUUUACAUUUUUAUGUCUCAAUCGUACAAUAGACAUGGUAUGCUGUACGUAUUGCAGAUUAAAAUUUUCUUCCUUUUUAGUA